AUGGCCGAGGCCCUACUGGGCCUGGCGCCCUCAUACGGUGACGCGCCCAGCAACAAGUCGUCGGUUUCGCAUCCCGAUGACCUCUCGGCCCAGCUCCGUCGCGACCUCGAAACUAAAAAGACACCCACACGUUGCGAACACGUCUCCACCACACUCGAAGUGCCAUCGACAGUCGAGUUCACAAUUUCUGAGAGCGAUGGAGAUGCGCAAGAAAACAUUGAUCCCACCCUGGGUGGCGUCCGGACACAAGUCAACGAAGGCCAGCCUGUGAAGAUUGUGCGCGCCUACGAGACAAUCAUCAGCCAACCACACGACAACCCAGUGCUGCAGAGAGCUGUGGCGAAAAACAUUGUUGGACUUUUGUCGACGGCCGACAAGAGUACGUGGGUGGUUCGAGAGGUCUCGCGCGGCCAGUAUGGUUGGACCUUCACCUACAUUUGCAAGGACUCUGUGGCCAUGUGGAACCGGCAGAACGGGAAGACGGCUACCAAGGCUCUCAUUGGAGACUACAGCCAGAAGGAGCUGGACCCCAUCAUCUCAGGCCGGCCAGCGUUCGACUGCCGCGGCAACCUCAUAAUCGCCUUUUCCAAGAACUCGCGGACAAUCGUUAUCAAAUACGAACACACACCGUUUCAUAAGACCGUCGGUGAGAUGAUUGAACAUUUCCGGCCGCUUCCUCCGGCCGCACCGCCAGCCCCCUUGAUACCCACUGGCGACAAGCCAAAGAAGACGAAGACGCCGAGGAAGAGGAAGAGGAAGAGCGAGGCGCACGGCGAUGGUACACCCACUCAGCUAAAGAAAAAGAGGAAGGAAAAGCCGGAAACUGCGGUCGGCGGCGAUGCCGCGCAAGACGAGGAAGUUAACAGCAACGGUCAAACAACAGCCACUGUCCCCACCAAGGCGGAUGCUGCUGUGCAGAGCGGCGUUCAUUCACACGCAGUCCUGAACGUUCCUCCUGCCGAAGCAGUUCGACGACGUGAAGUUGCCAUCAGACUUCUUAGCGACAGUGGUCUGGACCCAGAGAGUCUCUCUACGGAGCAAUUCAGCAUCUUUGCCAACCAGUCCCCGGAUCUCCAGCGAGAGUCGCUUUCCAUGUUGGUCAAGUACGGCGCCGAGAGGCUUCGAAUCGUGCAUCCCAGCGAUGCCACCGCAGCAACCUCAACAAACGCAUCCCCCACGUCUCAACAAGCCGCAGCUGAAGCAGAGGAUGAAAACUCAGGGGCGACGUCGGGAUCCUCCGCCCCCGCAAAGAAGAAGCGGCCACGGAAGUCCAGACCGGCGGCUGGUGGUGACGAGGAAGAGGAGUUGAUUCCUGCGCCUCCAGGCACACCAUUAAAGCAAAUCUCAAGAGGUUCCUGCAUUGCUUGCAGAAGGGGCAAGGCCAAGAAUACCGAGUGCCAGUACCCCCUGGUUAUAAGAAAACAGGCGACCAAGAAGGAGGAAGAGAACUCAUCAGCUCAGGCGGAGAAUGGCGAUGGUGAAGCUGAAGCAGAGCUGGAGCUAGAGCCUGAAGCCGCUCCGGAGUCUCGUCUGGAAACCCAAGAGCAGGAACCCGAUGACAUUGAAACUAUCGACUACACAUCGAACAUGCCGGUUGCUAACAUGCUUACUCCUGCCCGCGAGCCCCCUCGCCAGGACUACUUCAACUCUGGCCACAACGAACUGACGUUCACUCAAGACUCUUCCAACGAUUUGGGCAUGUCUCAUGACGUGACCUUAUAUCCAGAACCUUCUGCCAGCGUGAGUUACACGGAACAACCGAGAACAACCACGAGUUACGCGCAGCCUUCUUCUCUUACUGAGACAGCGACCUAUACUCAGCCAACUGCGGAGACGGGGGAUUAUACUCAACCAACCAACGACGAAAACAUUGGUUACUUACAAACAGCCGAGGCCGGCGAUUUCAAUUACCCUCAGCCUGAAGUCAAAAGUCCUCCUGCGACAGAAAGCCCUACGACGCGGCGCAGCUUGCCAUCCGAGCAGCCGCAGCAGUCUACAGCCGAACCCUCUGUCCCAGUCCCGAGUUACACGCGGAAUUGGCACCGCGACAAACACGGUGUCGCCCACCAUGGCAGCGCGACAGCGUCGAUCACGGAAGUCAGGUCAAACCACUACAUCAACUACCGUCGCUCUGCAACCGGCUUCCUAUGA